AGAAUUAGAUGAUAUCCUCUUUGAUCUUCAAGAAAAAUAUGGAAGCAAACUGUUUGAGUUUUACAUUAGUUCAGAGCGAAAGAUCUGUAUAGGAGAUGCAAACCUACUGGAAGACAUUAAUAAAUAUUCAUCAAGUUCAAAUUUUAAAAGUCGUGCUGAAUUCGAAUUAGAUGAGUUAGCUGGCAAAGGAAUUGGCUUUAACAAUAAUUUAGAAUCUUGGAAACAUAAUAAAGCAUUUCUAGCCCAAAGUAUCAUGACACCUUCAUUUUGGAAAGAAUAUAUUAAAGAAAUUGAAAUGAUCUUUGAAGACUCAAUAAAAUUGAUGGAGAGCAAACAACAAAGUUCUAGUUUUGAUAUCGAUUUUAAGGAAUGGGCAGUUAGACUACUAGCAAUUGAAGGAUAUACAAAAGAACCUAUUUCAAAGGAGUUGUCAUAUAAAAUAAAUAUUUGGAUAAAAAGUAUUAUCUUUCAUCGUUUGCUGCCAAAGUUUAUUGCUACUUACGUUCCACCUUUUAAUUUAUUUAAAAAAAAGUAUUUAAAAAACGAUGAAUGGUUGAAAAAAUAUUUUGAUGAUUUAGUAGAAAAAAGAAGAGAAGAAAUCAAUCAAAUGAAAAAAUACAAUUCUGACAUUUUAACAACAUUAAUUUGUGCAAAUACCAAGAAUAAAUUAAAAGAUGAAGAAAUCAGGAUCAUUAUUUAUGAAACUUUUAUUGGCAUUAGCACUGUUUAUGCGGAAAUUGACAAGGUAUUUUAUAAUGACAAAACUCGGCCCAUUACAUAUGACGACAUUAGUACGAUUAAGUUACCUUAUACUGAGGCUUGUGUCAAUGAAUCAUUACGUCUAAUAUCAACAGUGUUGUACACUUUAAG